UACAGUGUUCUCAUCUGAAUAAUGUGGCGUUGGGUGGUGCUGGUGGUGCCAACACUACUUGUGGGUGUCGUCAAGGGGGUCAGUUACGACGAGACUGACCAGCUGGAGAAAGGAGUGAACCAGAUGGUGAAUGAUGGACACCAAGGAGGAAGAAUUAGGCCAAAUGGUGUCACAGGUGGUGAAUAAGUACCUCCCAGGUUGCCACCUUGUAGUGAUCACCGCCAACGUACUCUCUCCCCGCCUUCUGACAUCAUCAGAUGGCUGGGUUCAAGUCUUCAGGCAACCAUGGUAGUUGAUGUUGGGUCCUUCCUCACUCCUCCCGCGGCUGCUCACCAUGAUGUAAGACGACCUGUAGCCGACGACACCACGAUGAUACGACACCUGGCGGAGGGCGACACUAAGCUCACGUGUAGGGCACUGUUGCUGGACCUAACCUCUGCCUCGUAUACUAAUGUUUUCAUGAAUUUUCUAGACACAUUCCACCUGUACCUGUGGCCGAGGACCCGCGUGUUGGGCGUUGGAGACAAGACACAGGCGCGGGAGGUCCUUCACCACGCCAGCCUUCACAACACAGUACACGCCCUCUACCUAGGUACCACGCCCGCCACCCCAUCCUCAGGAGCAACUUGUGGUAGGCCAGGGGUGUGUGUGGGCGGGGUGUGGGCGUACUCGAGGUGUCUCUAUUGCUCUGAGGGUAGGCCAGGGGUGCGACCACUAGGGCCAUGGACCACUGGCUAUGACCUCGGCUCUGGCCACGAUCCCUUCCCAGGUGAGAUGGCCUUAACCCCUUGAGUGUGAUGACUUGACCCCCUUGAGUACAAUGACUUAACCCCCUUGAGUACGAUAGCUUAACCCCCUUGAGUUUGAUAACUUAAUCCUCUUGAGUACGAUGACUUUAAGACGUCACACUGAAGGAGUCAAGUCGUUGUACUCAAGAGUUUAGAAUAUUACAGACAUAUGAAUCAAUAUUAC